UUUUUGAAAAUAAACUGGUUGCGCCACCUGUUAUUCCAAAAUCACACCUAUGAGUUUUUAAAGGAAAAUAUUCCCGACGAAAAGAUGUUUUUGGUAGGUUUGACUGGUGGAAUUGCUACGGGAAAAAGUACAGUAGCAUCUAUGUUUCAAGAAUUUGGCAUUAAAGUUAUUGAUUCAGAUGUCAUUGCUAGACAAGUUGUUGAACCAGGAACUAUUGCAUGGAAGAAAAUUAAAAAUGAAUUUGGGAGUGAGGUUAUUUUACCAGAUGGAAUGAUUGACAGACAGAAAUUAGGACAAAUUAUUUUCUCAAAUUCGGAAUUAAGAAAAAAGCUAAAUUCUAUUACUCAUCCAGAAAUAUAUAAAACAAUUUUUUGGGAAUGUCUAAAAUUAUUUUUAUUAGGUAAAUUUUAUUUUAUUUCGAGCAAAGCUAUAGCUACUGUGGGUUAUGAGCCCACUGUAGCUACAGCUUUGCUCCUAUACAUAUGA